UUUUGCAAGAUGGCAGCGGUGGGGAUUCAAAGGUCCUUACCGCUUUUUCGACGCUAUAGAGGUAUUUGGCAAGUCAACAGGUCCUUGAGUAUGUGUUGUUGCCGGCUUUCGCCCGGUAUUGAAGUGGUUUCGAGGAGGAGGACAAAUAGUGAUCGAGAAGAGAACAAGCACAAUUUAAAUGUCAUCCCAAGGAGAACGUUGAUAGGAUCUAUGAUUCCGAAUCCCCUCAGUACGUCGCGGAGGAAAAAGUAUUCCGAGAGGAGAUUGCUUGGUUACUCAAUGGAAGAUAUGUAUGCAGUGGUAUCAGAUGUAGAGGAUUAUAAACACUUUGUCCCAUGGUGUAGGGACUCAGCAAUUGUGGCCAGAAAACCAGGCUUCCUUAAAGCCAAACUAGCUGUUGGUUUCCCACCUGUAAUUGAGAAGUACACAUCUGUUGUAUCUUUGGUCCCACCAAACCUAGUGAAGGCAGAGUGUACAGAUGGUGAGAUGUUCAAUUAUAUGAAGACUGUUUGGAAAUUUAGCCAAGGUUUACCUGGAAAUCCUAAUACUUGUACACUGGACUUUUAUGUUGAGUUUGAGUUUCGUUCAAUUCUCCAUUCUCAGCUUUCAACCAUGUUUUUUGAUGAAGUAGUGAAGAAAAUGGUGAAGGCAUUUGAAAAGCGGUGUUACUAUCUGUAUGGCCCUGGCCACCUGCAUAAUAACAAAUCUAGACCAGUACCAGCAGGAGCAAGAUAACAGAAGGCAUAUGAGAGGUUCUCACAGUUCACUAAGAUAGCUUAUUUAGGCCUUGUAUGGUAUUAAUAAGUAUUAUUAUUUACAAAAUUAAUAAUGUUUUCAAUUUGGGAUGUAAAUCAAACAUAUUAUCAAUUUCUGGAAAAAAAUUGGCAUUUGGUAUAUUUUCGACAACUGUUCGUGAAAGUAUCACUGGAACCACAGGAUCAUAAAAGUUAUAUUUUGCUUGCAAUACAAUAUUUGAGUUGAUACAAUGUUAUGAUGUGAAAUAAUGAUUUGAGAUAUGAAUAGUUUCCAUCAGAACCUUUUAGCCAAUCAUAUUUUAUGUGCCAUUUUACUUUGAGGGCUAAUUACUGUAGCUGAUUAUUUUUCUAUUUAUUUAGUAUCACCAUAGCAAUUGUUAGUUAUCAAUAAGUCACUGUCUUUUCAUGGUCUGUUUUGUAUUAAAUCUGAGAACUGUUUGUUUAAGACCUAAAAGGAUCUGUAAAUGACCUCUUGGAGCCAAAGUUGGAAAAUAGAAAAUAUUCUUAAAUGACUGAACUGAUCAUCGCAAUUAUUCUUGAUCUGCAAACCUGAUUUUUCUAUGGCAUCAUGCAACAUUUCUAUCUGAGUUAAUGUGCAUUGGAUAACAACCAAAUACUGUUGUUGUUCAUAAUGUUAAAAAAGUGUAAAAAAUAUUUUCUGAAUUUUUUCUUUGCCUAGUCUUGUGGCUUAUAAGUCUUGAAGUGUGAAGGUGUUUUAAGUAUAGAACACUAAGUAGCUAUUUUACACUUAACAAAGAAAAAUGCAUUUUUUGGGUUGGGUUGCGAGUGAUAUAGACAUAUAUCCAUGGUGAAAUCUCCUGUUUUUAAUAUUACUAUUAUUAUUUUUAAUACUGAUAAUAAUGAUAUUUAAUAAUAUUAGUAUUAUUAAUUCCUAUGAUGAAAUGUUACUCUGCUGUACUGUAGCUAUUGAAUAAGGUUCAUAUAUGUGAUUUUGAAUGAGGAUAAUAUUAUGAUAUUUACAUUGCAAGAAAGGGACCUAUUUAUAGUAGCAAUGUGUGGUGCUCUGUUUAUAAGAAGAAUGAUGUAAUCAUGUGUUAAUGCCAAGGUGUAAUAUGUAUGAAAUAGUGUGUGGACAUUUUGUACCCAAAGUAAUAAUCAUUUGCUCCGACGAAGGGCUAACGCUUGAAA